CGCUGACGCACCGUCGGCGAGUUGCGCUCGGACCUUCUCCCGCCUCGUCCUUUCCCGGGGAGCCGCUGUAGACUUGGAGCCGGGCAGGGGGGAGCCGAGCAGAGAUCUGCGAGCGUCGGCCGGCCCGGGAGCGGAGCGGCCUGUCCCGGACCCGGCGAGGAGCCCGCUCCCCCUUCCUCGCAGCGUCCGGCGCGGGCAGCGGCACAAACUUUCUGCACUGUCCGCGCACCGCGCCCUCGGGAGGAGGAGCCGCGGCCACUGACAGUUGGAAAUAUUCUUCUGGGAGUUGCCAGCAGUGCCAAGUGUUGGAAAACCCUUUUCUGCCCUUCCGAUAGAGUGAAGUGAGCAGACAUAAUCUAGCAGAAGGCUGGUGAAGAGAGCAAUCACAGGAAAAGAAAAGAACUGGGGGAUUUGGGUGCUCAUGUCUUUCUAAAGCGGAAGCUGAAAUUUAAGGACAUUUAGUUCUCCCUCUUCCCUUUGCACUGUGACCUCUGGCAUCACCGUCAAGGUUUCAGAAGGUGACAAUGAAAUGUGAAGAAGUUACAUUUCUACUGUGAUCCUUGAAAAUUAGUGGCUGCCUACCAGAUUUUCAUGAAAAUUAAAUAUGACUUAGGAGCAUUUGAUUUAUGAAGGCUUAUGAUGUCAUCCGUUGUGACAGAGAGCAAAAUCCAGAGGGCGGUGAGCCUGCAGGGAGUUGACCCAGAAACAUGCAUGAUUGUAUUUAAAAACCACUGGGCGCAGGUUGUGAAAAUCUUAGAGAAGCAUGACCCCUUGAAGAACACCCAGGCAAAGUACGGGUCCAUCCCUCCAGAUGAGGCCAGCGCCGUCCAGAACUAUGUAGAGCACAUGCUCUUUUUGCUGAUUGAGGAGCAAGCCAGGGAUGCUGCCAUGGGGCCAAUCCUGGAAUUUGUGGUCUCUGAGAACAUCAUGGAGAAACUCUUCCUUUGGAGCUUGAGGCGGGAGUUCACCGAUGAGACAAAAAUGGAGCAGCUCAAGAUGUAUGAGAUGCUGAUCACCCAGUCCCACCAGCCUCUGCUGCACCACAAGCCCAUUCUGAAGCCCCUGAUGAUGUUGCUGAGCUCUUGUUCGGGAACAACCACCCCCACCGUGGAGGGGAAGCUGGUGGUCCUGCUCAAUCAGCUCUGUUCCAUUCUUGCCAAAGAUCCAUCCAUCCUGGAACUCUUCUUCCACACCAGUGAGGACCAAGGGGCCGCGAACUUCCUCAUCUUCUCCCUUCUGAUCCCCUUCAUUCACCGGGAGGGGACCGUGGGCCAGCAGGCCCGGGACGCCUUGCUCUUCAUCAUGUCUCUCUCUGCCGAGAACACCGUGGUGGCUCAUCACAUCGUGGAGAACACCUACUUUUGUCCCGUGCUUGCGACGGGGCUCAGUGGCCUGUACUCCUCCCUGCCUACCAAGCUGGAGGAGAAAGGCGAGGGGUGGCACUGCCUGCUGAGGGACGACUGGCUCCUUCUCCCGCCGCUCGUCCAGUUCAUGAACUCGCUGGAGUUCUGCAACGCCGUCAUUCAGGUGGCUCACCCUUUGAUUCGUAAUCAGCUUGUCAAUUAUAUUUACAACGGAUUCUUGGUACCCGUCUUGGCUCCAGCUCUCCAUAAGGUGACUGUGGAGGAGGUCAUGACCACAACCGCCUACCUGGACCUUUUUCUGCGCAGCAUCUCUGAGCCAGCACUGCUCGAGAUCUUCCUCCGCUUUAUCCUGUUGCACCAGCACGAGAAUGUCCACAUCUUGGAUACGCUCACGAGCCGAAUCAACACCCCAUUCCGGCUUUGUGUGGUGUCCCUGGCAUUAUUUAGAACGCUCAUCGGUUUACACUGUGAAGAUGUGAUGUUACAACUAAUUCUAAGGUAUCUGAUCCCUUGCAAUCACAUGAUGCUGAGUCAGAGGUGGGCUGUGAAGGAGAGAGACUGUUACUCUGUGUCUGCGGCCAAGCUGCUUGCCCUGACCCCCGUCUGUUGCUCCAGCGGGAUCACCCUGACACUUGGAAACCAGGAGAGGGAUUAUAUUCUCUGGUCAAAGUGCACGCAUGAUAGCCCAGGGCCCACAGAGCAGCCGCUCCCCGAGGCCUUCCCGCCGUCGGCCUGCAUCGUGGAGUACGGCAAAGCCCUGGACAUCAGCUACCUGCAGUACCUCUGGGAGGCCCACUCCAACAUCCUCCGCUGCAUGCGGGACUGCCGCGUGUGGUCCGCCCUGUACGACGGAGACUCCCCUGACCCCGAGGCAUUCUGCCUGGGCCCGCCGGAGGAGAGGGCCCCUGGCGCCACCUCCCCUGUACUCCGGCUUCCGCAGCAGGUCCCCGGGACGACCGGGCCCCCACUGGCUCCCGGGAAGGAGAAGAGCCACACGGAGCUGGAGUGGGAUGACAGCUACGACACCGGGAUCUCCUCGGGGACCGGCGGGGGCUCCCCCGGGCCGUAUGAGGAUGCUGAGAACGCCAGUCCCCCGGCCCCCGUGGACCCUCCCAAACACAUCCAGGAGAUGAAGAAGAAUGCCAUCCUGCUCUUCAAAGGGGCCUACAUCGAGGAGUCUGACUUCCAGGACGAUGUGAUGGUGUACAGGCUGUGUGCUGAGAAGGAUGCUGAAGAUGCGUGUGGUUCACAGGAGGACUCCGUGAGGCCCCCAGCCAAGAUCCAGGUCCAGGGUGCUCCCGUGAACAAUGGCCCCCUGCCUGGCCCUGAGCCAGAGACGGAUUUGGAGGAGGAACAUAGCAGGGAUGAUUCGGCCGUGCUUCACAGUGCAUCCAGGGACCCAGCACCAGCCAACGAGCCUGAGGCCUCCCCAGAAUCAGCCCCCGAGUCAGCAGCCCCCAGCCCUGAGGCGGUCCCCGAGGGUGAAGACUUCAUGGCCCAGUACGACCAGAUCAUUAAAGAGCUGGGUUCCAGCACCGAGGGCCUGAUGGAGCGGGAUCUCUCCUCACCAGAUGCCUUUCUGGUCACAAAGGAGCCAGAGGGGGAGGGAGACGAGAGCCAAGGGGGAGAGGAGGACGAGGGGAAGAAGGACCCGGAGGAAGAGGACGACGACUUUGACUCUUUCGUAGCCGAGGCUCCCCACCCAGAGACCCCGCCAUCCCCGUUCGGAGCGCGAGAUGACGCCGCCUUUGCCAGUCACCGUCCUGCAAGGACGCAGAGCACCCCGUUCACAGGCCCGUUCAUCAGCGUCGUCUUGUCCAAGCUGGAAAACAUGCUGGAGAACUCGCUGCACGUGAACUUGCUGCUCAUUGGCAUCAUCACACAGCUGGCCAGCUACCCGCAGCCCCUCCUGCGCUCCUUCCUGCUCAACACCAACAUGGUCUUCCAGCCCAGUGUGCGCUCCUUGUACCAGGUCCUCGCGUCAGUGAAGAAUAAGAUUGAACAGUUUGCCUCCGUGGAGAGAGACUUCCCUGGACUCCUCAUACAAGCCCAGCAAUACCUGCUCUUCCGCGUGGACCUCUCCGAUCCGAGCCCUGAGACACCCACCAAAGAUCCCGUUCAGGAUGCCUCCAGGACAGGAAGCGGCAAGAACUUUUUGGAUGGCCCCCCAAGAGUGCUUCAGCCCUUCCUGACAAACAGAGCCAAGGCGGUGGGGGCGGCCCCCAGCCUGCCCCCACCGGUGCGGGACACCAUGCUGGCAGCUGCCCUCUUCCCCGAGUUCCUGAAGGAGCUGGCUGCCCUGGCCCAGGAGCACUCCAUCCUCUGCUGCAGGAUGCUGGGCGACCCGGACGACGCCUGCUGGUAGUCUGGAAGUCUGCUUCUGGUUUUCUGCGGUGUUGGUGUCUUGACUGGAUGUUGAAUGCAAAGCUGCUUAUAGACAUCUCCACUUGGAGACUUCCUGACGAUACUUGAUUUUGGGGGAGCGGGGUCUUCUGUGCACCUCCUCUCUCUCCAGCUAGGCUUCCCCACCUUGUCUCCCCACUACUGUGGUUACUCCUUUGGCAGGCUUUCUGCGCUCUGUUUUUUUCCUCCUCAGGAGGUCUUGGUCCUUAGCCUCCCAUUCCUUUGAGUGGAAGCGAAGGUCCCACCUUGCAGCAAUAGGUCACACCCAGCGAUCACCAGGGGUUAGUGACUUCUGGAGGUGCCCGUGCCAGAGGGCUGACCCUCCAGUGGCACACGAACACAUACCUGCCCCUGCGGCCUUCUGCAUCGUGGCCCCCUCUUACAAAGGGAGGAGGAAAGAUGGAGCCCCUCUUGCCUCCAACACAAGCCCGGAUCAUCCGUCCUUUUGCGUUUUGCUUCCAACACUUGUAUUCCAUCCAACACAUGUUGCCUUAUGGUGCAGGCAAAUCCACUGGUCUCAGCUUUCUGCCCAGGAAGUCAGGUAUAGCUGGAGAGAAUGUGGAAUGCAGGGAAAUGUCUUGUUGCUUGAGAGCUUUCUUAACUCACUGUAUCGCCACCUAAACACUGAAAAUAGCCUUACUUUAGUAAGAUUUGCACACAAUGAACUCUGCCUAUGCAAACUGUUACUUUGGUUUUUAGGACUCUGAUCAACCCAAUGAACAAAGCAUGGUAUCUGAUGCUUCUGUAAGAAGACAAGCAUUGUUAUUUUUUUAAGUGUUUUAUGAAAAUCUGAUUCAUUUGUGAAACUAUCUCAUGGUGGGUAUUUUUGGGGAGUAUGGAGUGGGGGAAAGGAUAAAGGUAAACUAAAUACAAUCUGUACAAACCUUG